AUGGACGUAUAUGUCCAGAUCACGGGCCUGGACUCAGGGAAAACGCGUGGAGUCAAGGCGCUGCUCGAUAGUGGCUGCAGUACCUGCUGCAUCGACACCGACUACGCACGAGCAGAAAAGCUGGAUAUCCAAGAGCUUCCGCAACCCAUUGUGGCUCGUAACGCCGACAACACCGAGAACAUCAGCGGUCGGAUCACACACUACGUCGACUUGAGAAUGAGAAUCGGCCCUCAUGUGGAGACACGCACGUUCCUUCUGACGUGUCUGGGAAAAGCCCGGAUCUUCAUCGGCCUGGAUUGGCUGACGGAACACAACCCCGAGGUGGAUUGGCAGGAGCAGACAAUGAGAUUCAGCCGAUGCCCAGAGCAAUGUCAAAUGAGGGGUCACGAGGAACACCAAGCGAUGAUCGACAUGGAUGCAAUUGACCUGGACGCGGGUGCACCGGAUCUGGAAGAGGGAGAAUCGAUCUUGUUGAUCGACUUUGGAAAGGAGGUAGACCUACGGCUGAAGGAAACGCCGGCGCAGAAAUUCGCAGAAGAAGCGGAAAAGGAGAAGGAGAGAAUGACCGAGGGAAAGAUUCCAGAUCAAUACCGAGAAUUCGUCAAAGUAUUCGCCAAGGAGUCAUUCGACUCGCUACCAGACCGACGGGCAUGGGAUCAUGCGAUCGAGCUCAAACCAGGCUCCAAAGCAGUGGACUGCAAGGUGUACCCCUUAUCGAGAAACGAGCAGGUCAAACUCGACGAGUUCUUACAAGAGAACCUAGCCAGCGGACGAAUCAGGCCAUCAAAAUCACCCAUGGCAUCGGCAUUCUUCUUUGUCAAGAAGAAGGAUGGCUCGCUACGGCCUGUUCAAGAUUACCGGAAGCUGAAUGAGAUGACGAUCCGAAAUCGAUACCCGCUACCGCUGAUUUCCGAACUGGUCCACAACCUGUGCGGCGCCAAGUUCUUCACCAAGCUAGACAUCCGGUGGGGAUACAACAACGUACGGAUCAAAGAGGGCGAUGAGUGGAAGGCUGCGUUUCGCACAAACCGCGGACUUUACGAGCCCUUGGUUAUGUUCUUUGGUCUCACAAAUUCCCCGGCAACUUUCCAAAACAUGAUGAACGACAUACUCCGGGAACUGAUCAACGAGGGACAUGUGGUAGUUUAUCUGGACGACAUACUAAUCUUCACAGAAAAUCUGGAUGAACAUCGACGAAUCACCAAACGGGUACUCGAGUUGCUCCAAAAGCACAAAUUAUACCUGAAGCCGGAAAAGUGCGAGUUCGAACGCACGGAAAUCGAAUACCUGGGUGUAAUCAUUGGACACAACUCGAUGCGGAUGGACCCUGUCAAGAUCAAGGGCGUGAUGGAAUGGCCGGAACCAAAGAGCGUCAAACAAGUCCAAGCCUUCCUCGGAUUCACAAACUUCUAUCGACGUUUCGUUCGGGGAUAUGCGGAGGUCGCCAAGCCGUUGACGCGGCUGACAGGGAAGGCAGGAUGGUCAUGGGGUCCGGAUGAACAUGCGGCGUUUGAUGGGUUAAAGAAGAGAAUCGCGGAGGAUGCCGUCUUAGCACUGCCAAAUGACACUGGCCAAUAUCGUCUGGAAGCCGAUGCUUCGGAAGGGGCAACAGGAUCUGUUUUGAGCCAAAACCAAGACGGCAUUUGGCGCCCAAUCGCAUUUAUUUCGCACGCAUUGACCGAAACCGAGCGAAAUUAUGAGAUCUACGACAAGGAGAUGCUCGCAAUCAUGUUAUCACUUGACGAAUGGAGGCAGUUGCUCCUGGGAGCCACGGAAACGUUCGAGAUCUUCACCGAUCAUCAGAAUCUCGAGUACUUUCGGAAGCCGCAGAAGCUCAAUCGACGGCAAGCACGAUGGAUCACGGAGUUGGCGGAGUUCGAUUUCACCUUACGACACCGACCCGGCGCACUCAACCGCAAGGCGGACCUCCUGUCCCGAUGA